UCAAAGCUUUAUCAACAUUUAUUUAUAACGGUACCAUUACUUUUAAUUUUUCAUAAAGAACUUUGGACUUUUGCCCGUGUCCUGUGUACCUUGCAAUAAUCAGACAAGCUCUGUUAUAAAACCAUCUAGAUUUUAAAUCGUGUUUAGUACAAUUAAGAAAUUCCAGUAGAGAUGACUGCUUUAGUUAAAGGUGUGGUAAUUGUCGCAGCCAAACGUACCCCUUUCGGUACUUAUGGUGGCAAAUUCACAAAAACCUCAGCUGUGGAACUCCAAACCGUUGCAGCAAAAGCAGCCCUAGCUUCUGGAAAUGUAAAACCGGAAUUAAUCGAUACGGUAGUCGUCGGUAACGUAUUGACCAAUUCUUCAUCCGAUGGUGCUUUUAUUCCACGACAUACAGCCCUGAAAUGCGGGAUUCCACAAGAGCGACCUGCUUUUCUCGUCAAUCGACUUUGCGGUUCAGGCUUUCAGUCAAUCGUCAACGGAGUUCAGGAUAUUUUAAUAGGGGCUGCUGAAAUUUCAUUGACUGGAGGCACAGACAACAUGUCCCAAACCCCACACACUGCCAGAAAUGUCCGAUUUGGGGUCCCCUUAGGGCAAGACAUCGUUUUGGAAGACUCCUUGUGGAUCGGUUUGACCGAUUCUUACUGCAAAAUGCCGAUGGCUCUCACAGCUGAAAAAUUGGGGGCACAGUUUAAUAUCACACGCGACGAAGUUGAUGAAUUUGCUUUGAGAUCGCAACAAUUAUGGAAAGCUGCUCAAGACGGUGGGCGAUUUAAAGAAGAAAUUGCUCCUGUUCCCAUCAAGGUGAAAAAAGAAACCGUCAAUCUAGAAGUUGAUGAACAUCCACGCCCUCAAACCACUUUAGAAGGCCUCAAAAAACUCCCAACUUUGUUUAAACAAAAUGGAUUGGUCACUGCAGGCUCGGCAUCUGGUAUUUGUGACGGUGCUGGUGCCGUUAUUGUGGCUAGUGAACAAGCAGCAAGUAAACACAAUCUAACACCACUAGCACGAAUUGUGGCCUAUUCUGUCGUUGGUGUUGACCCCACAAUCAUGGGCAUAGGUCCAGCUCCAGCUAUCCGAAAUGUGCUUAAAGCUAGUGGAAAAACUCUCGAUGACAUUGAUUUAAUUGAAAUCAACGAGGCUUUCGCGGCACAAACACUUGCAUGUGCUAAAGAUUUAAAACUGGACACUAAUAAAUUGAAUGUUGAUGGUGGAGCAAUUGCUCUUGGACAUCCUUUGGGUGCUUCUGGGGCUAGAAUUACUGCCCAUUUGGUACACGAAUUGAGGAGAAGGAAAGCCAAAUUUGGAAUUGGAUCAGCAUGUAUUGGAGGUGGUCAAGGUAUCGCUGUCAUGAUUGAAGCUUUGUGAUUAUCAAAUUAUUGUAUAAGAUUAAGGCAAAAACAUUAUCUUUUUAUUUGUACAUUUUAUAAUACGUAUUUUUAUCAAAACUGGAAUUAAAAUUAUUGUGUUUGGCAAAAAUGA